UCUACAUCUUAGUCAAGCUUGUGUUUACUUGCAACACGGUUUCGGCAACGUUUGGGAACAUAUGUGAAUAACGUUGAGCUGUCUUAAAUUCCACAAUCCAUUUUAAUAUGGACCAAUCUAAGGUAGUGGAUCUCAUUCCUACCGCAGAUAAAUGUACAUACACCAGCUGUUACUGUGAAGAAAAUGUAUGGAAACUCUGUGAACAUGUAAAGGGAAACAAUCCAGACAGGCUGGCUUACUGCUAUUGUAUGUUUAUAUCUAAUGAGAACAAACAGAUACCUUUGUGGUACCAAAAAUCUAGCUUUGCACCAGAUGGAGUUGUUGUUUGGGACUACCAUGUGAUAUUUGUCUACAAUGAGGGUGAUGUGUCACUGGUUUAUGACCUGGAUACAAAGCUGCCAUUUCCUUGCGACUUUACCGAGUAUGCUGCCAAGGGGAUUCGACCUAAUAAGACUGUGAAAAAACAGUACCACAGGAAAUUUCGAGUCAUACCUGGGUUGAAGUUCCUGUCUACAUUUGCCUCGGACAGAUCACACAUGUUGGAUGCUAACAAACAGUGGCUCAGCGAUCCACCACUUUACCCCUGUAUACAGACUUCAGAUUCUACAAACAAUAUACAAGAUUACAUUUCUAUGGACCCAGCUGUGGGGGUAGGGGUUGUACUUGAUUUUGAAGGACUUAUAGACAAAUUCUCUAGAAAGACAUAAUGUUGAACCUAUGGCUGUUACAGCGUUGGGUGAAGGUAUUAAGGGACUUGAGGUAGUCAUUUACCUUUUUUGUAAUAAUUUCAGGAGCUUAAAACAUUUACUUAUAGAACGCAAUGUACAUGUAUUCUAUAUUUUUAUAGGUUUGGUUUUACAUGAGUCCACCCUUUGAUGUUUUAGUUGUGCGUUAUUUAAGUGUGAGUUUAUUUUUUAUUACCUUUUUGUGCGAAUUUAAAGCAUACAAAAGUGUUACGUAAUUGUUUAAUUUAUUUUUAUCUGUUUCCAUACCAAAUAUGUGAAAAACUGGUGUCUUGUAUCAACCAAAUGCUAAUCUAGAGUAGUGCCGAGUGAUCUGUGACCAACUUCAAGAUUGCAAUAUUGAUCAACUACUUAACAUGGAUAUCAUGCUGAUGAAUGCAACCAUCCCAUGUUGAUGGUGAAAUCAGUAUUUAUUAAUCCAAUGGGUGUUUUAAUACUGAAGGGAAACUGUACUUGGUGGAAAUAGUCCUCUCUUUGAGGCUAAAUGACCAAGGACCAAAUGAUAUGUUUUGAGAUGAUUCGAAAUCGAAGAUGGCCAACCUGACCUCCAAUUGGCCAGGAUAUUUUUGAGUUUAUCAUAAGUUCUAACAGGCAUAUUUUAACAACAUGCAUAUGGAUAAUCCUUGUGACAGGCCGGGAGAUUUUUGAUUAAUUCUUAAAUAACUGAAAGAGGUUAACAUGCUUCUCUUAAUACACCUCUCGAAUGUAAUUUUGAUUGUAAGCCUCAAUAAGAAAUCCAGUAUGGCCACCAAGAUUACAAAUUAUCAGAAACAUUUUCAACUGAGUUGUGCUGUAGCUAAGAUAACAUAAAUACGGAUGAACGAACCUGUUAUACAUGGCGAUGUCAAUAUGCAUAUUUCAUGGCCAAUCGUUUAGCUAGAGUUUUUACUAGGUUUAGUUUAAUUACCCAGAAUGCUUUGCCGUGUGCAUAAAAGGUAGCACUAGUAAGUAUUAAUAUUUUCACGUGAGUCAACGGGAGGUGACAAUGACAAAUUAAAAUAGCUCCUUAAUAUUUAGUGCAUCCAAUAGUAUAUAACUAAGAUAUUCAAUUGUUUUUUUAUAAUUCCCAAAUUAAAAUCCUUCCGUGUUACUUACCUAUUAGGCAUACAGACAUAAAUUAACGUGGAAAUGUAAUGAAUUACAGUGCUCGAGAGACUACUGAUAAAAUUUACCAUUGCAUGACAUUAAACAUUUGAAUUGUGAUACAACCAGCGAAUGUUUCUAUCGUUACGUCAUUUAACCUGUGAAGUGUAACACAGCUACGUAUACGUACACUGUAAACUUUUUAUGUAACCUACCUUGAUCUGCGAUUAGGAGUAUACUGUCACAGUGUGACCUACAUAUACAUGGGUCUUCUGUGGCGUUAAUUCUCUGGUCAUUGGUUAAAUAUUCAUUGGUAUGUUUAAAUGAAUAUAACAUAUAACAUGUAAAUUUCUUAACUUACCCUUUCUUAGUGUUAUUGAUAGAAUGACUUUAAAGUAAACUUUUUAACUGACUAUUUCUUAGUGUUAUUGAUAGAAUUAAUACUAUGUAUACCACUUUUUAAAGGAAUUAUCAAAAUAGGAUUAUUGGUGAAUCUUGUUGCAAGCUAUGAUGACCAUUUUGUCCAAUGUUUUAUUGCAAAACGUCCAAUGAUCAUCUCUUUCGUGUACUUAUAAUCAUAUGGGUGACGUAGUCAAUAUUUUAGCAAAUUGAUAUUCCUAAGUUGAUCUCCAUCAAUUUACAUGUCAGACAUGUGACCAGUAUUUUUUAUGUUUA